AAAGGAGCAAAGAAAUGCUGGAAACAGUUUGGAUUUUCCCGCAUCCUCUGUCUUAGCCAGUGUAGGAGGCGUGUAGUGUAUUACUAAGUUGCAGACGACAGUAAGGCAGAGUUGUGUCCUAUGCUCCUCGCCAACACAGUCUUACUUACUCACGGAUAAAAUAGAAUUGCGAGCUAUCUAAAGAUCAAGAUGGCGUGUAAAGAAAUACAGAUUGUACUUUACAUUUUAAUAGCAGGUAAUAUCAUCCUCCCUUCGCAAACGUUUCCGAAUGAAACAGGUCAGUUACCUCUCCACAUUCGGGAAUCUUCUUCAAGACUGAUUUACAAUCUGACACAUUUAAUAUAUGAAUAUUAUUUAGUGUGUGGUCCUCAAUAUAUCUGUGACAAACAACAUUACAGCUUCAUUACUGAAUUCGAAAGUAACAUUAAAACAGACAUAUGUCCCGAAUGUCAAUGCGACAAACACUGUAUUAUACGUAGAGAUUGCUGUCCGGAUGUUAUGUUUUCAAUGCCUGAAGACGAAUGUGUAACUACCUCGCUCACUCACGACAGCUUCAACAGGAAGUCAAAUCACUACGUCGUUGUAGAAUGCCACGACAAUUCUUCAAAAGAACUCAAAGAAAAGUGUACAAUGAACUACACGGAUAUUGAGUCAUUACAGUUUCCGCCCGUCACAUCAGCGAAAUAUACUUUUUCGUUCCGUAAUAAGUUUUGUGCUGAAUGCAAUGGAAUUUACAAUUACACAGAGUGGAAAAUUGAUGUGUCGUGCUUCGAUUUUGUUGAUUUGAAUUUCUUGUCGUCUUAUGACGCUUUAUUCAAUACCGCUAAGUCUAAGGACUGCCAAUUGGAGUACAAAACAGACCCACGUGACAUGCAUAAAUGUCAUGGGACAUUCUUGCGCCCUACUGGUUUAUUUGAACCUUUGGAACGAUGGUGCAAUGUUACAGGCACAUGGGCAUACUAUGAUCGUGAUAUCGAAUCAGCAUGUUCGAAUAACUACAAACUUAGUUAUAAAAACCACCGAAAUAUAUUUUGCUUUAUUUGUAAUCCCCCUGACUAUUUUGUCGAAGAUGAGUUAAUAGAUACGUGUAAUGAGUCCGGAAUAUGGUCUCCAUACGAUGUGUCCAUAGAAAGAGGAUGUAACAGACUCGACUGGACUCCAAACACUCAGCCUUACAAGAACAUUUUCUGCUUUCUUUGUAACAGGAACAACACAAACCCUAAUCAAUAUUUUGAUGUGACUAGUUCCAUGGUAGAGGGGACAAGUAGAUAUUACACCUAUUAUGUUACUCUCUCGGGGUAUAAUCUGGACUUUUAUCACUCUGUCUUGGAAAAAUCGAAGACGAGAAUGUACUUGAGUCAAAUUCAUGAACCAAUGUCACUGCUUCAGAAAGCGUGGAAUACCACUAAACUUGUGUCCUAUCAUUAUGCCAUUGAUGGUGUAAGUUCUUACUGUGAGGAUAAGUACUCGGUCUAUGAGAAAAUGGAUUGUUCAUGUGAUAUGAAAACAUGUCUGUUUCGCGAAAGACCUCCCUUUUGUUGUUUCGAUAUAUUAUUGAAGGCCCCUACAGCUUGUUUCAAUGAUUUUCUGGUAGAGUCGUCUUUAGUGGAACAACAAGAAUCGAAACCAUAUGGAGCAGUGAACCAAUGCCGACAACAAGAAAUAGGUAGUUUUAUCGACGAAUCCCAAUUGCGAUGUGGAAUUUCCACGGAUGACAUAUUUGGUACCCUUCCGGUGACACAUGGAAAUUCAAUUUACAAGAAUUUUGAUUGUAUGUGGUGUCAUUUAAACUCGUUUGAGAUGGAACAAAAAGCCUACAUGCCUUGGCAUGUUCAGAUAGAAUGUGGAUCUGAAAUUAACGCACGCUUCCAUGUUAUGUUAAAUGAUUUGAUUAAGACUGCAAAAAGCAUGGACUGCGCUGUGCGUAUCUUUCCGAGGGACAGAAACAAGGAAAAUGUCCAAAUGAGUCAGACGUAUUGUGAAAGUAGUCCUGUACUCAUUGAAAAGUGUAAUGUGACUGGAGUAUGGAUGGAGUUGGACCCGGAUAUACAAUCAGCCUGUGAAAGUUGGGGUAAAUUUCUUCCUCCUUUCCGCCAUCGCUAUAAAAAUGUAUUCUGUUUUUUGUGUAAUAACCCUUCGUCAUUACCCAAAAACGAUUCCAUUAACAAGUGUUCGGUACCAAGCGAAGACCAAUAUUAUGGAGAAAGCAUCAUUGAGUUAUGCAACAAUUUACCUAUGGUUCCUGGAUUUCAACAAUACAAGAAUGUUUUCUGUUCACUCUGUUCUAACAUAAACAUGACAAUUAUGCCACCAUUUUUAUGGCGUCCUCGUUUAUCAAGCGCCUUUGAUUUUGAUCCUCCCAAACAGCCGAGAGUACAGCCAUCGUUACGAGAUAUGUUUUCGCCCAGAGUCCGUGGACCUCAAUUAGCCGUAGAAGCCGAAAUACAGAUUCUGACAUUUGCCAACGACGAGGAAAUAUACAACACUCUUAAUAAUAAGACACGUCGGCUGACGUGCUAUCCAGGCAAAGUGCUCACAAAUAAGACGUGUAAACCCUUGCUGAAAAGAACAAAUAACCUCCGAUAUACGGUGGCUGUUUCUUUGGAAGGGAACGUCACUUUAACAAUGUCAUCACAGAAUCUGCUGGAGAUGAUGAUGAGAAAUAUCAAAGAUAACAUAUCGCGAAACGUCGGACGUGUCUCUUUUGAUUCGUUUCAUAUAAUGGUGAAUAUGAAGUGUGAUCAUGUGAUUUCAAACGACACUGAGGGAUUGAAAUUUACGGUGCAUACAACAUUUCUCAUAUCAGAUGAUGUUGAUAGACUUUUUACAGAACAGACGUUACUUAACUUGACGAAUAAUAAUUACGUUUUUGAAAAUGUCGCUCUGCAAUCCUCUGUGACGUCUGAAGCAUUUAUGCUACCAACACUUGUGAAUGCAAUCAGUUUUAUGAACCAUUGUUACAGUAAAACAAUACGCGAAACUGCCUUCAGUCUUCACAAUAACUAUCAGACGUCACUGGUGUCUCCACUUUUACUCUGCCGUCAGGUGGAACUAGAGGAGGAUGAAUUUGAUGUGGAUGAAUCAACUUUAGAAAUGUCAGUGUCGAAAUCAACAAGGAAACUUUACCAAGAUCAAUUUUUGUUGAUAGAUAACAAAGUUCGAAUUUGUCUCAAUGAUUUUCGAAAUAUAUUUAACGGCUCUUUUGUGACUGGUUUUGGUGAGCCACCGUUGCAUGGUGCUCUUAAAAUCACAACGCUAGUUUGUAACGUCAUAUCCCUCGUAUGUCUCUUCUUAACAUUCAUAACUUACUGCGUAUUUCCUGCCAUGCGCUCAUUACCAGGAAUGAACAACAUGAGUUUGGUAUUUGCAAUGUUCUUUGCCCAACUGCUUUUCCAGUGUGGUUUUUAUAUAACAUCUGCACCUACAUUAUGCAUAGUGUUUGGUGUUUUAAUCCACAUAUUUUGGCUAUCUACAUUUGGUUGCAUGAACGUUUGUUCGUUUCAUAUGUAUAGUGUUUUCGCUGGUGAUAUGAUGGCAGGAAGACUAUCAGCAUGGAACUGGAAGAGGAGGAUUUCACUGUAUAUCUUAUAUUCGUAUGGAUUAUCGGCAGCCAUAGUUUUCAUCAAUAUCAUCGUUGUUUAUCUCACAUCUCAUGACAAUAACAUCGGUUACGGUGAAACACGAUGUUUUAUCAGUAAUAAUGUCUCGUUUUAUCUUACAUUUCUUGCGCCAGUGUUAAUCAUUUGCUUCAGUAACGUUUAUUUUUUCAUAAAAACAGCUAUACAAAUAAAGAAUUCACCAAAAGUGGAUAGCACCAAGGAAAGACGGAAUCAGUAUGUCAUCUACGUGAAACUAUUUUCUGUAACUGGAAUAACGUGGAUCUUACUGGUUGUCGAUACAUUGUUUCCUGUGUCGGUUUUUAGUUUCCUGGUGACAAUAGCCACCGCGUGUCAAGGAUUAUUUGUUUUAGCCAGUUUUGUUUUAAACAGGAGAGUUUUCAGUUAUUACACUGUCUUAGUCUUUGGCAAAAAGCAGAGAUAUACAACAUCUUCGAAUUCUCAGCCAGGAAACACUCAAUCAACUACUGCAAAUUCCAGUUCGCUAUGAUUUCGAAUUAAUGAUGAUUUGACAAUGAUUUGUGUUUGUAUGGAGUUGCUAUCAAUUACAAACAUGAGAAAAAUAUUAAUGUCUUGUGGAAUGUUGAGAUGUGUAUAUAUGUAGGUCAUUUAAGUGAUAUAUCACAAUCACAAAUAAAUGAUACCUAUUUUAAAUUGCAUCGAUCAAGCAUAGUAGUAAUAAUAUAAGUUAUAUUUUAAAGCGUUGUCAUUACUACAAUUAUUACUUUAUUGUUGGUUAUACACAUUUAUACAAUUACCAUGUUUCCAUCGUGUAAUCAAAUCAUAUAAGGCUAUCACUGUUCAAAGUAAAAAAGGGUUUUGAUAUAUUUUUGAUAAAGCAUAAUGUAGCAAUCAAAUCAAAUGAUCUGGAAAACAUAAACAACUUCCCGGAAACUGCAUAUGCUGGCAUUAAAAACAAUUGUGUAGAACACUACAGUCCUUAACUUUUGAAACAUUAAUAAUUUACGCGUAAGAAACAUUGACAUCAUCACAUUAACUUCAGAAAUUAUAUCUAACUAUCAACUUCUAUGUUGUAAGUUUUCAUUUCCUCCAGUUUUUCAAUACUUCCUUUGUCGACGAAUGUUUCUUUUCAGUUCACUUUCUUUUUCUUUUCAAUUUUUUC